AUGUUCGCGGCCAAGGGCGAGGGAUUGCCGCCACCUUAUGAGGUCGAGGCAUAUGCAUAUCGCCGACCACUGUUCCACGGACCUUUCCGUCGCGUGUCCUUGAAAAAGACGCUGUCCACUUUGUGCAUCCUGUCCUUGGUCUCGUGUGUCUGUUUCAUGGCUGGAAGAGCAAGUCGAUCCACAGUUGCCACAUCUGAUGCUUAUGCCGCGAGCGCGAUUAGAGAAUUCGAGGCGUCUCUCGGCCGGUGCGCAACGCGCAACCAUGUCCCGCCCGUGGAGUCGCCCGACUCGCGAACUCGCAAUCCGAGAUGGAAUCAGGCGCGCGGCCAGAAGGAGACGAUCGCGCUGCGUAAUGUGUCCUUGUUCGAUGGGGAAACAUAUUCACCAACGCCAGUGGAUAUAGUCUUCUCAGAGGGUCUGGUGCUGUCCGUGUCCGUAGCCUCGGCAGCCCAAUCGAUACUCAAAAGUGGCGUCGAGUAUAAUCUCAACGGACGUUUUGUGACGCCUGGGUUGGUGGACAUGCAUUCGCAUCACUUGGCCAUGGCUUGGCCAGGCUCAGAAGCUUUAAAUGACGUGAACGAGAUGAAUCCUCUCUAUGGGCCUCUGACUCCAUUCCUCCGAGUGAUUGAGUCACUAAAAGCAUAUGAUCCAGCCACCAGAGUGAUUGCUUCUGGUGGAAUCACAUCUAGUCUCAUCAUUCCGGGGUCCGCAAACAUCAUUGGUGGAGAGGGAACUGUCGUGAAAAACAUUGUCAGGUCUGGAGAGACCGGCGAAUACGUAGUGGAAGAAAUGCUACUCGAGCACGGCAUUCCCAGCCAGGACCGUCACCGCUACAUGAAGUUCGCAUGCGGAGAGAACCCCAAGCGAGUCUACGGCCAUACACGAAUGGGCAACGCCUAUGUGCUCCGGCAUCAUCUGACGCGGGCGAAAGAGCUGAUGGACAAGCAGGAUUCAUGGUGCAAUAUUGCUGCGCAACUUCAGACCAAUGCAGCACGAGGCCAAUUUGUUGAGCAAAAGGGCGGGUAUCCCGAGCAGCUCGAACUAGAGUCAACAAUUGCUCUGAUCCGUGGACAGGUGGCCAUGAACAACCAUUGCUACGAGCCAGAGGAUCUCGAGACCAUGCUCGGUGUGAUGAGAGAAUUUGGUAUCCGGGUCAGGGCAUUCCAUCAUGCCAUCGAGGCAUGGCAAGUCCCGGAAAUGAUCAAAGCAUACGGCGGGAACAUUACGAUUGCCACCUUUGCCGAGGCCUCCCUCUACAAAUACGAGGCAUACCACCCGAGUCUGUAUGCCGGGGCCAUCUUGGACGCUCAUGGUUUGCCCGUUGCGUACAAAUCCGACCAUGCUGAGGAGUCAACCAAUGCUAAAUAUGUCAUGUCACAAGCCGCCGCAGGACACGCAUUCCACCUCCCGGCCGAGAAGGCUUUACAGGCCGUGACUUCGAUUCCAGCGGCAGCUCUGGAUUUGUCCCACCGCAUCGGCUAUGUUCGUGCAGGUUACGAUGCGGAUAUCGUCGUUUGGGACGCUCACCCUCUCUCAAUCGGUGCCACGCCCCAGCAAGUCUUCAUUGACGGUGUGGCAACUCUGGACUCGAAGAUGGUGCAGUCGUCCACGGGGUCAUCAAUGGAGACGGCGACUACCCCCGAUACGACCUUGGAUGCGCCCGUGAUGCGUGUGAGGCAGGCAAUAACGACUGCAAACGACUUCUGCGCCCUAGCGAAGCGACACGGCCAAAGUUUUAUCGUGCAUGGAAUCCGAAAGUCAUUUCUGGACAAUCACCCGCACCAUGUCGGCUCCAUCUCCACGGCUGGUACCGAGAAUAUGACUCUCGUUAUCGACAAUGGGCAAGUAGCAUGUCUAGACAGUCGAGAGGCUUGUCACGACGUAAUCAUGGCCGCUGGAAAUGAGAAUGCCACCCAACUGACGCUACAGAACGGCCAUUUAUUGCCUGGCCUCACUGCAGUAACGGACAGCCUUGGUAUCAAGGAGAUAUUCAUGGCUGAAGAGACGGGCAACGGCGUUUCCGAAACAGAAAAUGUAAAAGACCCCACAUCUAUUGACUACGCCAAGUAUGGUUUGUAUCUGGACGGCAAGGCAUUUUCUCGGGCACGUCUAGGCGGUGUCACGAGAGCUAUCACGCCGCCCGAAGCACCAGCCGGGCUGGUUCAGGGUGUCUCGGCUGCUAUUCGAACCUCGGGAACCAAAAGCAUUCUAGACGGUGGAGUCAUCAUGGACGAGGUCGGCCUUCACGUACGCCUUGACCAGAGCAGCAGAGAUGUGGGCAGCAUCAGCAUGGCGAUCAAGACGCUCCGGGCUAUACUGAGCGACAACCACGGCAAAGGGAACGAGAGUGCAUUCGGCCUGGUGGCGGAUGGACACCUCCCCUUGAUCAUAAGUGUGGAGAGCUCAGCACACACUCAACAGAUUAUAUCACUCAAGAAGGACUAUCAAGAUGUCUACAUUGUCAUCAACGAUGGCCACGGGGCGCCAAUUGUGGCCGAAGAACUCGCUGCUGCGGGCAUUCCCGUGAUUCUCAGUGCUACACGCCCCGGCCCGACAAGCUGGGACAGGAGAGACGUCUUCGUCGGACCUCCGCUCACCCGAAGCCCUGCCAGCGUUCUUAGCGAGGCUGGCGUAGAAUUUGCCAUAUCUGUUGCAGCCGAGAUACCGGUGGGAGACUCACGUAUCCACGACCUAGCUUUGGAAGCCUCCUGGGCAGCCAAGUAUGCCGGACUCAACGAGCGUGAGGCUAUUCAACUCGUUUCGAAGAAAGUCGAGGACAUCCUCAGGCUAAAGCCCAGCAAGGACGUGGUCUUGUGGGAGAAUAAUCCCCUGCAAUGGGGCGCAUCCGUAGUUCUCUCUUUUGAAGAGACCGAGGGGGGGGAAUUGGAGGUGGGCGCUUGUUGGCCUGAUGAAAAUGUGGAAUAG